AUGGCCAACGAGGAUGGCACAGCAGCGGCAUCAGACGCAAACGCACCCAUCGCCCCGGUGGCCAUCUUCAAGAAGCGAGGCGCAAAGGCCAAGGCAAACUUGAGAAAGCGGCCAGCGACCCCCCCGCCCGCCAAUAGCGACUCUGACGAUUCGGACUACACUUCUUCGGAGGACGAGUCCGGCCAGAGAGUCAAGCGAAGGAAGAAGAACCGCGCCGUGGUGACAGCCUCGUCGAAGAACAAUGCCACCUCGCGUCACGAGUCCGCCACCGUCUUCUCUGCCGACCGCAACGUUCCCAUUACCAGCGCCAACGAUGCAACCAAGCAGAGCAAUUGGUACGAAGAGGAUGCGAACCUGCUAGGCAAGACACGCCCGGUCCCGAAGGAUGCUGCCGACAACGCAACUCAGGGUCCCGACGGCACCUACAAGGGCCUGGCCAACCGAACUACCUUCAUCCAAAAGAACCCCAAUGCACCGACUCGCACCGUUGGUCCUAUCAAGGCGCCCACCAACAUCCGCACCAUCACCGUGACUGACUUCGCCCCCGACGUCUGCAAGGACUACAAGCAGACCGGUUUCUGUGGCUUUGGGGACAACUGCAAGUUCUUGCAUGCGCGCGAGGACUACAAGCAAGGCUGGCAGCUCGAUCGGGAGUGGGAGAAUGUAAGCAAAGGCAAGAACAUGGGCGGCACCGUCGUGGCCAGCGCGGAUCGACAGGGAGCUGCGGACGACGCUGAGGAUCCAGCCGAGGCUGCCAUGCUGGAGAAGAUCCCAUUUGCUUGUAUCAUCUGCAAAGGGCCGUACAGGAGUCCUAUCAGGACCAGGUGCGACCACUACUUCUGCGAGCCGUGCGCUCUCCAGCGGUAUAGGAAGGACCCGAGCUGCGCUGCUUGCGGAGCAGGCACCAACGGUGUUUUCAACAACGCCAAGACACUGAACAAGUUAUUGGAGAAAAAGAAAGCCCGAGCUGAGAAGAAGCGUCAGCAGGCCAUCGAAGCUGGAGAGGACCCCGACGAGGAGGCGACCGAGCCCACCAAAUGA